UGUACAGCAAACCUGGUGUACAAGAAGAGGGGGCAGGCAGACCAGCUCUGCUCACAUGGACAGCAAGCACAAACUCUAACCUGCUCAUUAUCUGCACAGGGAAAAUGCAUUUGGGUGAUUUGGGGGUUGUUUGGAUGUGAAUCAGCAGGCAUUUCUUCUCAUUGUUUGUCAUAUAACCAGGCAGAGAUUUAUUGGACCUUCUUUCUCAUGUCUUAAAUGCUUCUCUGAGAUGUCAACUCAGUCUCAGACCAACGUAACAAUUGGACUGGGGUUUCUGGAAAGAGUUAUACUUUCCACUCUGACUACACUACCAUGCUGUGUGUUUUUCUUCAUUAAUGGAACCAUGUUAUUCACCUUGAGGAGUAAACUGGUGUUUCGUGAGACAUCUCGUUAUACUCUUCUGUGUAACCUCCUUUUCUCAGAUACCAUGCAGAUGGCACUGGGUCAGAUACUGUACCUGCUGUCUUCUUGUAGAAUAAUGGUGACGUAUCCUUUCUGUGGACUUCUAGUAAUGUUUGCCAAUCUCACUAAUGAAGUCUCCCCUCUUACACUGGUGGUGAUGUCUCUGGAGAGAUAUGUAGCUGUGUGCUACCCACUGAGGCACGCUACCAUCAUCACCAUCAGAAACACAGCAGUGGCUAUCAUUGUGGUUUGGGCCUUUUGUUCACUAAAUGUUCUAAUUCGAGUCCUUUUGCUGUUGGAUUUUCCAUUUUCAGACCUGGACAGUCUGCAGAUGAACCACCUAUGUAGCACGCUUAUCAUGUUUCUUGGGUCAAUGUCUGAUAUUUAUGACAAAGCAUACACUUGUUUUCUGUUUGUUUCAGCUGGUGUUGCAGUUAUUUCUUCCUAUAUUGGUGUGGUGAUAGCAGCCAGGUCAGCCUCCACAGACAAAGCUUCAGCCCGUAAGGCUCGUAACACACUGCUGCUGCAUCUGGUACAGCUGGGCCUCAGUCUCUCCUCAACCAUAUUUAACCCGUUCCUUUUAGUCAUAUCAAAAGUUGUUUCGAGGGUAGUACUUAUGCGUAUGCAGAAUGUUUUGUAUGUGUGUUUUUUCAUUCUGCCCAGAUGUCUGAGUUCUCUCAUCUAUGGACUCAGAGACCAGACUAUCAGACCCAUACUUGUGUACUAUUUAUGCUGUCGACUGACAUUUUUGUCCAAGAUACAUUCAGUGAAUUAACCUCUCUAUAUGUCUGUUGAAUGCUUUCCUCAGACCGGCCUUCAUACGUCAGCAUAUCCAGCAUUCACAAUAAUUUUCCUAACGAUUGUGUUUUUAUGUUCAACUUUUGUCAGUAUUUCUUGAAAUCCACAUCUAAACACUAAACUGUGUGCUGCAGUUUAAACUCCUCUUAUGUAUCACUUGACCAAAGCAAAUUCCUCAGAUCUUUGUUGUUUGUUGUUUGAUGUGAAUACAAAGCAUUAUUCAUUGUCCUCGCAUACGUAUAGUGAUACAUUUUGUUUGUACAUUGACUCAAGUUUCCAUACUUUGUACUUCUACUCCACUAAAUUUCAGAGUCAAAUAUUGUAGUUUUUUACUUCAGUCUGAAAACUUUAGCUACUACAUUUUAGUUAAUAAUACAAAAUAUGACCAACAAAUAUAUUAUGAUGUUAUAUUAUAGGUUACAACCUACAGAAUUGCACAGCAGUACAUAGAGUGAUUAAAAUGAGCUCCACAUUUACCAGCUGCAACACUGUGAUAAAUACAUCAGUGCAUCAGUAAUUAUAAUCCAGUGCUGUGCAAUGCACAAUAUGGAUUUCUUUCAGCCGAUAUUAUAUCCGAUAAUUUCACAAUUUUGUAUAUAUCUAUAUAUAUCACUGUUGUUUAUACAACAACAUACAGCAGUUCUGUUUCUUCAAAUGUUCAGUUACUUUUUCUGGUAAAGUUAAUUUAAAAAAACUUACUUAACUUACUUACUUAAAACAAACAUACUUUUGGUGUUCAUAGAACAUAAAACCUAUCAAUCAUUCCACUUAAGAACUCAAAAUAAUUAAUUAAUAUCAACCAAUAAUUUAUUAGCUCUAAUGAUUAAUAAUCAUAUAUUAUAUAAUUAUCGUGCAUCCCUGCUUUUAUGGUACUUACUUUUAAAGUUUUACAUGUAACUUUUAUUCUGACAUUUGGCGCAUUUUUUAAUGAGGGGGUUCACUCCCAAAUAACAGCCCAAAAUGUUCCUGAAUAUCAGUGUGAGAAACAAUAACAGUUUUUAUAUUUGGGUUGACAUUUGUGAACACUGAGCCCCCCCUUUCAAAAGUAUGCCAAAAGUCAGAAUUUGAAGCUCAAUUUCAUAUAUUCUGACAAUCUGAAUACCUUAGAAUGAGGGGGUCAGUGCUCCAAAAUGUCAAAGGCCAUAUAAUGACUGUAUUUAUCAAUGUCAAAUUGAAAUAUGUUCUAUAAUACAGGAUCUUUGUGAAUCCUGAAUGGGUUACAGUCUUUUCAAGUGCAUAUAGGUUAGGCUCAGAGGGCUGAGACCUUUGCCGGGCCCUACUGGAGCAUGCUGUAGGCAGGUUAUGGGUGGUCCUGGAACUGUGCCUUCACUGGCUGGUCCUGGUACUCCGGAGCACAAGGUCAGAUGUUGUGUUGCCCAUGCACCAGGACCACCAAGUGUCAAAUUAACAAAUUUGCCACUGCAGGCUCCUUGCUUACUAAAAUAACAGGAACUGUUUGUUGGAUUGUCAUGCCUUUGGUUGCCUGGGGUCAUGGCCAACAAAGUAUUUCUACUUGGUCGAAUUGCUAAUUUUACUUAAGUAAGUGAGAUCUAAGUGCUUUGUCCACCACCGCUCAUCUGCCCAGAGGAGAUAAGAGCUUAUCACACAGGCAGACACCUUUCUACGGCCCCCCAGACUCAACACCACCAGCUGAAUCCAAAACGCAGCAGGAAACACACCAACACUGCUUUUUGUUUCUCUAAUUUCAUACAUUGUUUGCCAGUAAGAUUUAUUUGGAAAAGUUAUGAAGAGUUUGAAGGUUUGACUGACGGUGGCAAAUUAAAGCAUUACUUAAAACUGA